AUGUCCAAGGUGCUCGAGCAGCUAAUCGCGCGCGGACGACGCGAACGCAAACCGACCGAACAGCGCGAUGUUGCCUUCAGUUUGGCUGAGAUCUCUACCAAUGCUGAGCUACACGAAAAGAUGGUAUCCAAGGGUGUGGUAAAGGCUUUGCUUACGCUCAUUCUCCAGUCGAGUGACCCAGAAGCGCUUCGGUUGGCGUGCUUGUGUCUGGCUAAUGUUGCGUCAUGCCCAGCGAGUCGAGUCAAGAUUGUUGAGGAAGGCGCCCUGCCACCGCUCGUUAAAUUCUUUAAGGACGUUGAGAACGAGAACGAUGCAGUGGCCAAGCAGUACGUGGCGAUGACCAUUGGCAAUCUGGCGGCUGAGCCGGAGAAUCACGAGGAGAUUGUACAGCUUGGAACGAUUGAGCCGCUUGUCCAGCUAUUGGAUCCUGAAAUGGUCCAUUCGGGAGUAUAUUGCGCUUUUGCGCUGGCGAAUCUGUCAGUGAAUAACGAGUAUCGUCCCCUGAUUGUCGACGAAGGUGCGGUUCCUCGUCUUAUCGCUCUGGCGUGCUGCAAGGAGCUGAGCGCGCAACGACAGUCUUUAGCGUGUCUUCGUGGGAUUUGUAUCUCCCCCGCCAACCGUAUCGUCGUGGUCAAGGAAGGCAUGCUGGACCCACUGGUGCUAAUGGCACGCUCGGACGAGCCCGACAUCCAACGUGAAGUCGCAGCGGCGUUUUGCGCGCUUUCAGCCACGCCUGAAAACAAAGCGGAGAUCUCGGACCGAGCGCUGCUCACGAUUAUUUCGAUGUCACUCUCUGGAGAUCCUGCUGUCGAAGAGUACGCGUGCAGCACGAUCGCUAAUCUGGUGGAACUGCAUGAGCUUCAUGAUAAACUGCUGCGCGAGAACGGUUUGGCGUCUAUCAUGGCGCUGGCAGUAGCAAGGGAUCUCAACACACGCUCAGAGGCUUGUCGAUGUCUGGCUAAUCUCACAGCGAAUGAAGAGGUGCAACCAGCGCUGAUGAAGGAGGGUGUGCUGCAGCCUCUAGCAGCAGCCCUCAUACUGGACCACCACGUUUGUCAGCGUUACGCAGCACUGGCACUUGCAAACCUGAGCACUACUGCCAGUUACCAGGUUCAAAUUGUCGGGCUAGGCACUAUCAAACCUCUGAUCGCACUCGCCCAAGCGUUUGAUCGCGAACUUGAAGCCCGACGCUACGCUGUGCUUGCGAUUGCCAACCUGGCAGCAAUGAAAGCUAACCACCCUGCGCUUGUUGAGGCGGGAUGUCUGCUGUCGCUGUUCUCCCUGGCAAGCACGGCUGAUGCGCUGAGCCAGUAUUAUGUGGCGUUCGCAUUGGCAAACUUUGCGUCGAAUGAGCAGAAUCACACGCGUAUGGUGGAAGAGGGCGGGCUCCAGCCCAUUAUCACAUUGGCAUCGUCAGAAGACACCGACGUACAUCAUCAAGCCAUUGCUGCUCUACGCGGACUUGGGGUUAGUGAGGCGAACAAGAUCAAGAUACUGCAGGAAGGCGGACUGGAGCCUCUCGUGUUGUUACUGCAGUCCGACGACCUGGAGAUCUUGCGCGAAGCUUGUGCAGCGCUCUGCAAUCUGUCUGUAAGCGAGGAGACCAAGUAUGAGAUCGCCAAGAGUGGCGCUGUGGCACCCCUCAUCGCUCACGCACAAUCUGAAGACAUAGAUCUCGCGCGCCAAAGCUGCGCUACGCUAGCAAAUCUGGCCGAGGUGGAAGAGAACCAAGAAAAAAUAUGCGCGGAUGGAGGUGUCCCUCCCCUCAUUGCCAUGAUGCGCUCCCAGUUCGUGGAGGUUCAGCGCGAGGCAGGUCGCGCUCUAGGAAACCUGUCAGCCUUUCGUCUCAACCACGAGGACAUUAUCGAGCACGGCGGUCACCAGCUACUGAUCUCGUACUUGCUGUCACCGGAUAUGGCGUCUCAACGUGUUGGAGCGCUAGGCAUUUGCAAUCUAGCCACAAAUCCUGCUAUGCGGGAGCUCCUUAUGGAAAGUGGAGCCAUGGAACCUCUUAUGUCGCUCGCGAGGUCUGAAGACGUCGAGUUAGAGAUCCAGCGGUUUGCUAUUCUGGCUAUUGCAAACCUUGCUACGUGUGUUGAAAACCACCGCGCCAUCGUCGAAGAAGGUUCGCUACCGCUGCUUAUCUCGCUGUCCAGCGCUCCAGAUGAAGAAGUUCGGCAGUACGCCGCUUUCGCAUUGGUCAAGGUUGCGCUCAACGCUGACCUACGCAAGCAGAUUACCGAAGAGGGCGGACUGGAGCCCGUGCUUUUCCUUGCACGAACCCAGAGCUCCGACUUGCAGGCGGAUGUACUGCCUGCGAUCUGCACGUUGUCGUUUGCAGACGCGAACAAAUCGGACAUCUGCAAGUGUGGCGGUUUACCGCCAAUCCUCUCAGCGCUAAAGAGUGCCGAUGUGGGUGUCCAGCGGCAAGCACUUUGUGCAGUCGCAAACUUGGCUGAAGACGUCGAAAAUCAGAGCCACCUCGUGGCUAACGGUGCGAUCCCGCCUAUCGUGGAUGCUCUGCAGCAUGGCGGUAUCAUCGCGCAGCGUGAGGCAGCUCGUGCACUCGGAAAUCUAUCAGCGAACUGUGACUUUGCUGAGGUGAUUUUGCGUCAAGGUGCAGCUCCACCGCUCGUGCAGCUCCUGGGCAGUGAAGUGGUGGACUGCCAGCGUAUGGCUGCGAUGGCGCUUUGCAACCUCGGUACAAAUGUGAACAACCAACCCAAGCUACUGGCUCAAGGUGUACUCCCUCCUAUACUUGCUCGCAUCGAAGAAGCACUGGACCCGCGCUCACUUGCAGACAACGACGUUAUUCGGUACUGUCUCCUGGUGAUGGCCAAUCUGGCUGUGUCACCUUCGACACACGAGGAAUUGCUGGACAAGGCGCUGACUUUCCUGGCAGGUUACGCCAAGCAUCGCGACGUCAAGUGCCGACAGUUCGCCAUCUUCGCUCUUGGCAAUUUGUGCAGCAACCCGAACAACAUCGAGCGCAUCGUAGCGGCCAACUGCCUGCAGCCUAUCAUCUCUUUCGCUUUUCCGGGGGAUGCGAAUGUGCAGUUCCAAGCCAUUGCCGGGCUCCGAGGACUUUCAGUGAAUCAAGUGGUGCGUCAACAAGUUGUGCGCCUUGGCGCUCUAGAACCUCUCAUCCUUGCAGCUUCGAGUGAGAGUAUUGAAGUGCAGCGGGAGGUAGCGGCUACACUCUCCAAUCUGUCGCUGAGCGAGGAGAACAAGAUCACAAUGGCUCGUGGUGGAUGCCUACCGGCCCUCAUUGCUCUGGCGAGCAGUCGAGAUUCGUACCGUGAACGACAAGCCGUGUGUGCUUUAGCCAAUUUGGCUGAGAUGAUCGAAGGGCACACGCAUAAGAAAAUGCUCGAAGAAGGUAUAUUAACACCUUUGUAUGCGCUAGCAACUGGUGCCGACUUGGAGGUCAAACGCCAAGUCUCUCGUUGUCUGGCCCUUUUUGCGGCCAAACCAUCGAGUCAGGCCACACUUCUGCGCAGCAACGCAUUGCGUUAUAUCGGAGCAUUCGCUCACGAGACAGAGGACGUAGUGUGUCGACGAUUCGGGACGCUGGCAAUUGGCAAUCUUGCCGUGGAUCCCAAGAACCACCGUGAUUUGUUCGACCAAGGAGCCGUCACAGCACUCAUGACAGUGAACAAGGCUACGGAUCUGGAGACUCGUCGGGCAUUGGCAUUUGCACUCAACAACUUAGCAGCCAACGAAAGCAACAGCGCGCAAAUCUCGAAGUUGGGUGUGCUACGCACUGUGAUUGCGCUACUGCACGACGCGGACGAGGAUACACAUCUACAGGCCUGCUUUGCGCUGCGCCGCAUGGUUGUUGAGGCGAAGAACCGCACCCAGGCCGUGUCGUUCGGUGCUCUUGCCCCGCUGUUCAAACUUGCCCUCUCAGAAAGUGUCGAAGUCCAGCGUGAAGUGUGUGCUGCGCUGCGCAACUUAUCGCUGAGCGAAGACAACAAAGUUGUCAUCGUACUGAACGGCGGUUUGGCACCUCUGCUAACACUGGUGCACUCAGCAGACGGAGAAGUAGCUCAUCAAGCCUGUGGAGUACUCGCCAACUUGGCGGAAGUGGUCGAAAACCAGGGACGAAUGGUGAAGGAUGGUGUCUUGCAGCACAUCAAGUUCGUGCUACGAGCAAAGAGCGUGGACGUUCAGCGUGAAGCUCUUCGCACCAUUGCCAACAUGUCAGCCGAGUAUGCGUAUACAGCGGAAAUCGUAUCCGGUGGUGGUCUGACGCCGCUGAUGGCAGCGCUAAAUGCACCAGAUUUCCUCAGCCAACGGUACGCAGUGAUGGGCAUCGCCAACCUCUCCACGAACGUUGACAACAUCACCAAGAUCGUCCAGGAUGCGCUUGUGCCCACCCUUGUAGCGCUGGCUAACGGGUCACUCAACGGUGAUCUCGAUACACAGAGGUAUGCUGUCUUUACGCUCACCAACAUCGCCAGUGUGCGUACUACUCAGUCCGUGCUCGUCGAUGCUGGAGUGCUCCCGUUGUUUGCUGAGUUGUUGCAACACGCUGAUAUGGCGUUGCGGAAUGGCGCGGCGUUCGGCAUCGCGAACUUCACGGCAUUUCCAGAGAACCACGCGAUGCUUCUGGAGCUAGGAUACUCUUUCCUGGACGCUUUGCUUUGUCUGCUGGAGUCACAGGACGCAAAGUGCCAGUAUCGUGCUGUUUGUGCAUUGCGUGGAUUAUGCGUGAACGAGCUAGCGCGACGGGAACUUGUACGCCGUGGUGUCUUGCGCCCACUGUUAGCGCUGACCAAGUCGGAGGAUAUGGACGUACAACAAGAAGUGCUGGCUUGCUUGUGCAAUUUGUCCCUCAGUGGCUGCGUUGGAGCUUACCCCGAAGUAUUCAUUGCGGCGUGUGAGAUGCAGUCACUUGUGGCGUUCCUGUGCUCUGCCGAUGCUACAUAUCGGUUGUUUGGUGCGGUGACCUUGGGCAAUAUCGCUGCGAAGACCGAGUUUCAAGACGAGUUAGUUGCGGCUGGUGCAGUGUCGCCGUUAGUCGAAGUGGCUAAUAGCGUCGACCUGGAGACACAUCGCUGCAUAGCCUUCGCCUUGUGUAAUCUAGCGGCCAACCCAGAUCGACGACAAAUGGUUGAGGCUAUGGGAGGCCUGCCUCCUAUUAUUCAGCUGGCUUGCUCCGACGACGUGAACGAUCAAAAAACUGCCAUCGCAGCACUUCGAGGACUCUCGAAUCGGCCUGAAACUCGAUUACAUAUCGUCUCAGAAGGUGGAUUGGAGCCUUUAGUGCUGGGAGCGCGCUCUUCCGACAUCCAGCUGCACCGAGAGGUUACCAUGACAGCGUACAACUUGUCCCUUGCUGAGAAGAACAAGCUCAUCAUUGCUGCAUCACCUUUGAUGGGAGCUCUGAUCACGCUCAUGCUCUCAUGUGACGAAGACACGGCUGCGUUCGCCUGUGCAAGCGUUGCCAACAUCGCUGAGAAUUCGGAUACACAUGGCGCUAUUGCGGAGCAACGCGGCUUGCGGUUCUUUCUGGAGUUCGAGGCACAGGGUGCCCCAGCGCGGGUAGCUCAUGAAGCAGUCAAGUGUGUGGCGAACCUCUCGUCAAACUACGCGCUCCAUGAUUUGUUACUAGCGGACGGCUGUCACGAAUUUCUCGUUCGCGCUAUUCAGCACCCGGACCCGAAGACUCGACUCUUCGGCGUGGUCGGGCUCGGUAACCUCGUGUCGAACCCGCAAAACCAUUCGAGAGUGCUGCGCGAAGAAGUGGUGGUGCCGCUUAUUGAGCUUGCCUGCGAUACAGAGCACGCAGAACCUCGACAGUUUGCAUUGCUCGCGCUCGGUUGCAUCUUCACGAACGAAGGAAACCACGAACCAUUCGUGGACAACGGAGUUCUUCCUGCGCUCAUCGCGGCUCUGGACACGGCUAACGACAUGGAGACGCGCUUCUACGCCGCUUUUGCGCUGGGCAAGAUAGCUACGAACGAGUCACUCCAUGAACUCAUAGGCCAGCUCAGCGACAGCGGCGGGCCUCUAAUCAAGCUAGCGCUCGAUGCUGAAGAUGCUAAGCAUCCAAGUGCACAGUGCCACGCAGUGUCUGUGCUACGCCGUAUUACGAAUCUGGAUGUGAAUCGAGUGUCCAUGGUGUCACAGCAUCGUGAGUCUCUUUCGGCAGCACUUCUGGCUUGCGCGCGGCACACAGAACUGCUGGAGAACCAGCGUGAAGCGGCAGCGUGUCUGUGUAAUUUAAGUCUGGCGCAAAGCAACAAGCUCGUAUUGGCGAGCAGUUCACCAGCGCUGUUCCAGCAGCUUUUUGCGUUGUGUACGUCUCCUGAUGUUGAAGUGGCUCGGAAUGCUUGUGGCGCUGCUGCAAACCUCGCAGAGAAUAUUCGCACACAUGAAUACAUGAUCGACGUUCACGCCGUCCACGUGGGGGUGAAGGCGAUGCGAAGUCGACACCUUCCGGUGUACCGUGAAGCCUCCAGACUUGUCGCCAAUCUCAUGAGUACACCAGAAUUCCACGCGGUGCUGCUCAACGAGGAAGGCCUUACUGCAGGAGCUCGCGUCGCCAAGAUUGAAGACCACGAGUGCCAAUACAACACGGCGCUCGCUCUGCACAAGCUUACAAGCAACUCCGAUACUCACCGAGCGAUGCUGGGCAGUGGAUCGGUCCAGACGCUACACAUGUUGCUUGGAGCUCCUGGGCUGGAUGUACAGCGUCAAGCAGCGGCAGCUCUCAAGACUCUGACUGCGAAUAAAGAUAACAAGCCAACGCUAGCUGAGGACGGCGGGACCAUGUUGGCACUGAUCUCACUGCUACGGAGUGCCGACGCGACACUCAAGACCAUGGGAGCCGCUGGAGUGCGGCAUUUGGCUCUGUACGCGCCGGUGAAGACUCAGUUCGUGCACGAAGGCGGUCUUCCUCCUCUCUUUGCAUGCUGUGCAGUGGACGACGAUGACGUCCGACUUCAAUGCGCUGGAGCGAUGGCCACGCUGAGUGAAAAUGUACUCAAUCAAGUCCAAAUGGUGCGUGAGGGAGCCCUCCCAGCUCUUCUAGAGCUCACAAAAGCCAGCUAUCACGUGGAGAUCGCGCGGCACACGAGUCGCACCUUUGCAAACUUGUCCAGCAAUCCUGAGAACCACCUCGGGGUCUUUUCUCUUGAGGAAUUCCGUGCCGUGUUCAAGCUAGCUCACAGCAACGAGGAGUUCUGUGGCCGCGAUGCAGCCAUGUGUCUCGGAAACCUGGCAGUCACGACGCACAACCAGUACCAAAUCUCGGAGCUCGGCGGCCUCGUCCCUCUAUCUGAGCUACUAAAGAGCAAUUUUGCGUCGACACGGCAGUACGCUGCUCGAGCCUUUUACCGGCUCAGUGCUCACUCUGAAAACCAGCACCGCAUUGUGGACGCUGGCGCGUUGCCUGCUCUGAUUGCUCGACUCAGCGAGACGGAAGACCAGGAAAUUCAGCGCUGUGCUGCUAUGGCUGUCUGUAACUUGUCCAGUAACUCCAGCAACGAGCAGAAGAUCAUGAAGGCAGGCGGCAUGCGCGCGCUGGUAGCACUGCUGCGAUCCCCUAGUGUGGAAUGCUCGAAGUACGCGGCCAUGGCGCUAUGCAAUCUGACUGCCAACCCGGCUAAUCAACUGCAUCUCGUGGUGCAAGAUGACGGUCUGGACCCACUCGUCGAUCUCGCAGGGUCUCACGAUCCAGAGUGCUCUCGAUAUGCCAGCAUGACGCUCGCAAAUGUAUCGGCGCACCGCCAGAAUCGCCUCAUAGUCGUGGAACGUCAUGCCCUUCGACCUCUACGGGCGUUGUGUUUGUCACCAAAUCUCGAGUGUCAACGCAGCGCAGCCUUGGCCCUGUACAAUGUGUCAUGCGCUCAAGCAAACCAACUGAAGCUCGUGGAGGCAGGCAUUGAAUCUGCGCUCGUGCGUCUUGCAGGGGCAAAAGAUGGGGACUGCAAGCGAUACGCCACCAUGACGCUGUGCAACUUGGCGGCAAACAGCGAGACCCGGUCAGCUGCUCCACGUGGCGGAGGGUUGCAAGCACUCUUGCUGGCUGCCAAGGACGCAGCAGAUCCGAGUGUGCGUCGGUAUGCCUGCAUUGCGUUGUGUAACUUGGCUUGUGAUCCGCUGCUUCAAGUCCAGGUACUCGUUCACGGCGGUCUCGCACCAAUCCUUGCGCUCACUGAAGACGACGACGAUCUGGAGAGUCAGCGGUUUGCCAUCAUGGCCCUGUCUAACUUGGCGGCGAACGAGAGCAACCACGAUCACAUGAUCGGACGUGGGGUAUUGAAGGUGGCACUACGGCUGGGCCAGUCGAAGGACGAGGACAUCAGAUUGUAUGCGGCUUUCGCCCUGGCAAACUUUGCUGGGAACACAGCUCAAUGUGCAGCAAUUGGAGACGAAGGGGGCAUCGCAGCGCUCAUUAUGCUGGCGCAUGCAGAAGACUCCAACUCGCACACGCUGGCGGUUUCUGCACUCCGUCGCUUGUGCCAGUUCUCGGCUCAAAAUCGUGGCCGCAUUGUGCGCGGGGGUGGGCUCGCUCCGUUGGCUAUCGCUGGCAUGUCUGAGGAGCUGGAGACGCAGCGCGAAGUGGCCGCGACGUACUGUAACCUAUCUCUCAGUGACGAGUACAAGGUGGAAAUCGUUGAGCAAGGCGCACUCCGCCCGUUGAUCAAACUGGCGCAGUCGCCUGACCUCGAGGUCGCUCGUCAAGCUUGUGGUGCCCUGGCUAACCUUGCUGAGCAUCUGGACACACACUCCCAUUUCGUGGCGGAACGCAGCGGGAACUUCCUCAUCGCCCUCAUGAAGCACCGCCACGAAGAAAUCCACCGAGAGGCGUCGCGUACGAUCGCAAAUCUACUCUCAAGCUUCGAACACCACACGGAUAUGAUAGCCGAUGGCAUCCCAGGCCUCGUUCAUCUCGGACUCUCGCUGGAUCCAGAGUGUGAGUAUAAUGCUGCACUAGCACUGCGGAAGCUUGCACCGAACUUUGCUAGUCAUCGCGGACUGGUGUACGAAGGCGGACUAAAGACAUUGUUCUUCCUACUGCACGCUAAAGAGCUGAAUACGCGUCGACAGAGCGUGCUGGCACUGCGUGAUCUAGCAGCCAACAGCGAGUUCCGACGCAUGUACGUGGAAGAAGGUGGUCUCAAGGCUCUCAUUACAUUCCUACGGGAUGUGAACUCCUCGCUGCAAGCUCCAGCGGUUGCAGCGCUACGGCACCUGACAUCAUCAGCUUCACACCCGGAGAUCAAGCAGCAGGUUGUCGAAGAAGGAGCUCUGCGCCCAGUGCUGCGAUGCAUGAGCACAAAUCCUGGCGCGAAGGGGCUUCGAGACUUGCAGUGCCAGUGUGCUGGGUUGGUGGCGAAUUUAUCGGAGCAUCCAGCGAACCAGCAGAAGAUUGUGGCUGAAGGUUUGACGAGUGCCCUUGUCGCGCUGGUCAAGGUCGCCCCCGACAGUGCCGAGAUACUGCAAGACGUCAGCCGCGCGCUGGCCAACCUCUGCUCUAAUGAGGAAAACCAUCUUGCAGUAUACAAGCAAGGCGCGCUGCUGUGCCUUAUCCAGCUAACUGAGUCGGCGGAUGACAUCACGCAGCGAUAUGCGGCCAUGGGCUUACGCUUCUUGUCGGCCAACCCAACCAUUCGAGUGUACAUCGUGCAAGAAUCCCUGCUACAGCCAUUCAUCAAGUUGGCUCAAAGUCCGCUGCUCGACUACCAACGCACUGCAGCGGCGGCUUUCUCUAGCUUCUCUCUUAACGAAGAGAACAAACUCAAGCUGGUUCGCGACGGUGGUUUGGCGCAGAUCCUACGUUGCUGUGCGUAUGACGACCUGGAGGUGAAGCGCGACUGCGUUUUCGCUCUGGCGAAUGUUGCAGACUCGCUCGAGCAUCAACUGGACGUGGUGCGUGAAGGCGCCAUCUCCGCCAUGAUAAACGUUGGCGCGCACGACGACGCUCGCGUGCAGCGUGACUGCGCACGCGUCUUCGCCUCGUUGUCGAUCACCAACUCGAUCAAGCCCGAUCUGGUGCGUCGAGGAGCGCUGCCUUCACUCUUCCGCCUCACUCGGUCUCUGGAUGUGGCCACGCAGAGGUUCGCGACGUUAGCGAUCUGCAACGUUGCGUCAUCGGGCGACGACAAGCCUUUCAUCGUGGAGCAAGGCGCGAUUCGACCGCUCACACACCUCAUUCGCUUCCCUGACGCUCAAAUUCAGCGGUACGCGGCGUUGGCACUCGCAGCUCUGGCGCUGGGGGGAAUGGGCAACAACAAGCUGCGCCUGAUCGAGGAAGGAGCAGUGCCCCCUCUCAUCGACUUGCUCCGGUAUCCGAGCGCGGACGUGCAGCUCUGUGGUUGUUUGGCCUUGAACGCGUUGGCUUUGGGGAAGCAGAGCGUGACGAAGGUGUCGGUGAUGCAAAGUGGUGGGCUGCUACCUCUGUUAGCUCUGCUGGCGUCGACAGAUGAGGAGUGCGUCCGCUGUGCGCUUUACUGUUUGGGCUCGCUGGCCGAGAGCAAGGACGUUCUGCAGAAGCUGGUGGAGCUGGGUACUCUCGCGCACGUGAUAGCGUUGACCAAGUGCAUCGACGCCGAGACGUUGAGGAACUGUGGGUACUUGUUGGCGUUGGUGGUGGAGCAACAGACCGACUACCACGACGAUCUGUACCGUGAAGGAGGUUUGGACGCCGCGAUCGCAUUGGCCUGCGUCGAGGACAUGGAGUGCCAGGAGUAUGCGACCUUCACACUGGCCCAUCUCGCAUCCAACCGCGAGUACCAGGUCCGUCUUGUCGAGCGUGGCGCGCUUCGACCGCUUAUCGCGAUGAUGUCCGUGCACGCCGAGCCACGCCACUACGCUGGACUCGCUCUCCUCAAACUAGCCGACAACUACGAGAACCACCUGCGUAUCGCCGAGGAGGGCGGCAUUCAAGCGCUACUUCGCAUCGCGCGUGCCCGAUCCACCGACGAGGAGCUGCAGUACAAGGCGUCGCUCAGUCUGGGUCAACUGGCAAGCAACGCCACUCGAUCCCUACCCAACCAUACCAAUCUGAAGACGGGCGACGCCGUCAUCGGCACGAGCUUCAACAAGAUGGCUCAGAUCACCCAAACGGUAGCUGCCAAGCGUGCCGCACGAUAA